AUGGCUGACAAUAACAAGGAGGACCAUGUGGACGAUGAAAUUAUGGAUGAUGACGACGAAAUGGAAGACAUCGAAGAGGUAAACGAAGAUGAAGAUGACGAAGAAAUGGCUGAGGAGUCUGAGGAGAAAAAGGUUUAUCUUCCAGGCGAUCCGAUAGCAGAAGGAGAGGAAUUAGUUUUCGAUGAGUCUGCUUACACCAUGUAUCAUCAGGCUCAAACUGGAGCACCUUGUUUGAGUUUUGAUACCCUUUCUGAUUCUUUGGGUGAUAAGAGAGAGGAGUACCCCCUGACCUGUUAUGCAGUCUCUGGAUCACAGAGCGCCAAAGGUCAACAGAACCAUGUCAUUGUCAUCAAAAUGAGCAACCUUCACCGAACAUCAAAACCUAAAUCAGAUGAAGAUGCAGAAGAAAGUGAUUCAGAAAGUGAUGAGGAUGAAGACAGCAAACCAGAGCUAGAGACUGCUCUUGUCAAGCAUGCAGGCUGUGUCAAUAGAAUCAGGGCAACAACUAUUGGUGAGAAGCAUGUGGCAGCCACAUGGUCAGAGAAAGGCAAAGUACACAUCUGGGACUUGACCCGCCCACUGAAUGCAGUGAAUGAUUCAAAUAUUAUGUCCACAUAUGUCAGAAAUGAGGAAUCACCUCCCCCAAUGUUUACUUUCAAGGGACAUCAGGUGGAAGGAUUCGCCAUUGAUUGGUCCCCCACAACACAAGGUCGCCUAGCUACUGGAGAUUGUAACAAAAAUAUCCACUUAUGGACCAUGAAGGAAGGGGGCACCUGGCAUGUUGACCAGCGACCUUACAACGCCCACUCCUCAUCUGUAGAGGACAUCCAGUGGUCACCGAAUGAAGCCAAUGUGUUUGCCUCCUGUUCUGUGGACAGGACAAUUCGAGUGUGGGAUGCCCGGGCAGCCCCCACCAAGGCCUGUAUGAUCACCGCUAAAGACGCCCACGACCGAGACAUCAACGUCAUCCACUGGAACCGGAAAGAACCGUUCAUCGCGUCAGGAGGAGAUGAUGGUUUAAUAAAGAUUUGGGACCUCCGGCAAUUCAAGAAUGGAAAACCAGUGGCCUCAUUCAAACACCACACCGCCCCGAUUACUUCUAUAGAGUGGAACCCUAACGACAGCUCAGUGUUAGCUGCCUCGGGAUCAGACGACCAGAUCUCGAUCUGGGACCUGGCCGUAGAAAAAGACAGUACAGAAGCCGAUACAGCUGAGGGGGAGGAAGAGCCCAGUGUGCCCCCUCAGCUGUUGUUUAUUCACCAGGGACAGACAGACAUUAAGGAGUUACACUGGCAUCCUCAGCUCCCGGGGGUCAUCAUCAGCACCGCCCACAGUGGAUUCAAUGUGUUUAGGACGAUCAGUGUGUGAAACCUGGACCACAGCAGCAGAGAGAAGGAACAGUAUUUAAAGCUUUUCCAUCAACUGUUGAUUUAUACGAUCAAAGUUCAGUGUAAUGCUUGAGGGAUGAUCAUGCUUCUGUUACUUAGUGCAUUGAUUUUGAGAAUCUUUCUGGUUUAUGAAUCACAUUUUACAUGUUAAAGAAUCUUUUAAGUUUGCUCUGUGAAUAUAUCAAUUGUUGUUUCAUAAAAAUUCAAUGAGAUGAUUAUCUCGUAAAAUACUUCAGUAUUUUAGGCAGAAAUGCAAUUGUAAUUUUUGUGUAUGAUGCAGUUUGGUUUUUGCUGUCUUGCAAAUAAAAAAAAUAGACUCUUAAUGUCUUAAAUUCUACGUACUGACUAGUCAAAUUCAAAUGUGUCCUUUUCACUGUAACUCUCUAAAUUUUCCACGCCAUUGUUUUGUUGAUAUUAGGAAGACAAUUUACAUUUAGAUGAACCUGAAACAUUGUUAAUGACUAUUAUGGUUUUGUUUUUGGAGAUCAUCAACAAUAAAGAAGAAAAAGAUCUUU